UAGGGUCAAGGUGAUUGCAAGCGAGACUGCGCAUGAGUCAGUGUUCAGGCAACGGCCGCGGUUGCCAGCUGUCAACAUCGGGAUGUCACCAGCAGCGUCGUUUGCUCAACGAUGGGCGCGUGACAACCUCACCAGGGACCCCUCACAGGAAGAGCUGGUAGUCCUGGGGCUGUUCCUCAUCAGCUGCCAGGGUAACGAGGUGGAGGCAGCCAAGAGAGCGAGGAGAUACUACACGGCGAGAGGCCCCGGAGGACUGACGGAGUUGUGGCAGAAGAGGCACCCGGAUGAUGAAGAGAUUCUGUCUAGUUGUCAGGAUGUAUACAUAGUGCCACUCAGAACUCGAAGCCAGGGCGGCAGGAGAGUAACUCUGUUGCGGCUACCAGCUCCAGGGUCUCUGAACCGACCGCUAUCAACCCAGGCCUUGCUAUCACGAUGGCUCAUGAUAUUGGAUAUCAGACUCCGUGAAGAUCCGACUCCUGGUGAAGAAGUCAUCUUCAUAGACGUGAGCGAUCUUCAACCAGGACACAUCAAGAACCACUUCAGAGGCACCUAUUGGAAAGAUUUCAUUUGGUGUAUGAAGAACGCCUACCCCCUACGGAUCUCACAAGUCCAUAUCUUCAACACACAACGCUUGAAGACCCUCUCCCUCCUUCUCCUACACGUCGGCAUGUACCCUUGGAGACGCAAGGUGGUCCGGCUCCAUGGAACUGCGGACAGGAUUGAGGAUGCUCUGGGCUCUGAUCGGUAUCCUGUCGAUGGGCUGCCGUAUGAGUAUGGAGGGAGGGCUGGGAUGAUGAAGGAUCUUAAUGAUGAAUGGACAAAGAAACUCCUACUCAACUCAAAAUGGCUUCAAACAGAAGAACGCAAAUUCUACGACACUGAUCUCAAGCCCGAGGCACGAGCGCGCAUGCGUCAUCGAAGUGCUGUCCGUACCUUGCGCGGGAGCAAUGGGUCGUACGACAUAGUGACACGCACACAUUCGUGCAAGGCGUACAUACAUGAUGACUUGGAUGAAGGCACCCAUGGUGCUUACAGGACUUUGAAAGUGAUUGAUCAUAGCUGUUUGGAUGUGUGAUUUUUGUGAUAGGUCAAAAAAUGUAAUAACAAUAUAAUAUAACACUUUACAAAUACACACACUAUAUAUACAAACUUAUACCUAUACUAUCUUUGGAAAUUAAAAUAAUAUAUAGGUACAUAUACUAUACUUAUAUAGAUAUAAGUUAGUAUAUAUUGUGUCUAUCACAUUGAAAUGUAUGAGAUUAACCCCGCUUUCACGGGUUACCGAAAAAUUUUCUAUAUGUAUUUAUUUGAUACUGAAUGCUGUCUUUCAGAUAAGCGUGGGUUGCACCAUUUAACUACAACGAUGACCAGAACACAAACCGCAAUCAAAUCGACGAAAACUUUUCAUAUCAUUUAUUUGACGGCUGGUUAAAUGGUGCAACUUACCCUAAUGUUUUUUGGGUAUAGGAUGGACCAUGUAACGAGAUAUAACGAUUAACCGAAACAGACGCCGACAUGACCAAUUAUUGGUAGUAAGUAAACGACUGGUUAUGGUUUGGUCAUCGUUAUAGUAAAAUGGUGUGACUCAUCCUUUCAUAAAUAUUUAAAAAUAAUACAAUUUGUACCUAAAUAAAAUGAUAAUAAGAAUACUCAGAUGUAUAGAGAGAUGAAUAUUUCGUUUUGUUAACACUAAAAAAAUCUUUUUUACCUACUUAACUGUGAUUU